CCAGUGGAGACCACAGAGCUCAGGAGCCUGGCCAGACUGAGGAGACAGUGACAGAGGUCGGAGUAGUGCCAUGCGGAGUGCCCAGCGGGCCAGAAGGGGCAUGACCCGGGUCCUCAGACCAGUAUCUUCUUAGAAGACCGCAGGGACGGCGGCUGGAAGAGCUGGGUACCUGUCACCAGCAAGAGCCCGGUUCAGAUGGGGAGCUAAGGCUCCAAGCCGCAACCCAGGUUGCUCAUCGGUCAGCUGCUGUGUGGGGCCAUGGAAACGGCAGUGAUUGGUAUGGUGGCAGUGCUGUUUGUGGUCACCGUGGCCAUCACCUGCAUCCUUUGCUGCUUCAGCUGUGACUCGAAGGCCCAGGAUCCCCAGGGAGGCCCUGGCCGCAGCUUCACAGUGGCCACGUUUCACCAGGAGGCUUCUCUCUUCACGGGGCCGGGUCGCCAUGCCCAGGCAGUGGCGGCGGGUGCUCGGGACUUCUGGACCUUCAUGUGAGGCCUGACAGCCCCAGCAUCUGCUCAGCUGGUGGGUCAGUCUCACCCACUCCCGAACAAGCCUUCCCUCACGUCCCACUUCUCCGUCUGCCAUCCCUGCCCUUCCCUGCAUGUGUUCGGUAAACUCCCUGUUGCAUCUUGUCCUGGGCUGCUGUGCCCUCUGGCCUGGGAGAUCCACAGCGGAGGGACCAGGUGGGACCCUGAGAGGUCAACUGGAUCCUACUCCCAGGAUGGGGCUCAGGAGAGGUCUGAAGAGUGAGUGACCGAACAGUGUUGGGUUGUGUGGUGGGCCAGCUCUUCUGAUCUACAGGGGAAUUGGAUUGAUUGUGAAUGGAGUUCAGUUCACCCAGGUUAACCCCAGGAUGCCUAAGAAGCUGGUUCUGUUGCACCAGAGGAAGCAGCGCCCUCAGUGGACAUUUCUACAAACGACUUCUUAGCGCCUCCCCAAACCCAGCCUUUCUGCUGCCGGUGCCUGCACCUCCCACACAG